UCUCUUCAGUGUGAAACAAAAGCAGCCUUCAUUAUCAUCUAUUGUUUAAAGCACUUUCCCAUUUAGCUUACCACCCGUGUUCUCUAGCGCCCAACAAAAUGGCAGAUCAGCACCCACAAGAGGAUGCACCUAUGACAGAUGUGGAUGUAGUGAAAGUGUCGAAACCCCAAAAGGAAGAGAGGAGCACUCUCACAGAAGAGCACCACCAGCAUCAUAGCAGCUCUAGUUCGUCUGAUGAUGAGGAACAAGCAGGGGAGAAGAAAAAGAAGAAAAAAGGAUUGAAGGAGAAGAUUAAGGAAAAGAUAUCACAUGAAAAGGAAGAACCGAAUGGGCACAAGGAUGAAUCAGUUCCAGUAGAGAAAUGUGAUGAAAUGUCGAAGGAAGAAUUAACAAACCCAGAGGAGAAGAAAGGGUUUCUUGAGAAACUCAAGGAAAAGCUUCCUGGCCAGCACAAGAAAGGUGAAGAGGCUGAUCAUGCAACUCCAACUGAAUGUGCCCCAGACAAACAUUCACCAGAAAAGAAAGGAAUCUUGGAGAAGAUAAAGGAGAAGCUGCCAGGAUCCCAUAAGAAUGGAGAAGAGAAGGACAAGGAGAAAUAAGAUGGAAACUGAUUAGGGGACUUGUCUUCAGGAUAUUGACUGUGUUGUUGGCUUGUUAGGCUGUGUUUUUCUGGAACGCUUCCAGUGCUUGUAUGUAUUUGAUUUGGUGAUUUUGGUUUCUUAACUGUUUUUCUAGGGUGUUAUUGUAUUUGCAUCUAGGCCAGCGAGUUUGAAUCUUAAACCAACUUAAAUGGGAAAUUUGGAAGUCUAGAAUA